AUGAGGCCCGGAAGUCCAAAUUACUCUUACUCUUUCGAACUCAACCACGGUUUGCGCUCUUCCAUAUUGGUCCUCGUCAACCCCCCGCAACCUGCGGCGGUCCGGCAUGUGAGAUUCAGAAGGCCCUGGUUCAGGUCCUUCCUGGGCAAAGCUAUCUUAUACGGUACCGCAUUCCACCUAUGGAGUUCCUUCGUGCUCGUUCGAUUCGACGACGACGAUACCCAUGACGACCAGAAAGCCCCCGAGACACGUCCAGAGCACACCAGUCUACAACGUGCCUCUAGGGGUAUUGACGAGUUGACGGAAGACCAGUUGGGAGAAGAAGACGGCUUGUUCAUUCCUCUCACGUGGUCUUGGCUGGAAGAGGGCGAAUUGUAUACUGCUUCAGAUCCCGAAUGGCAAGAGUUCGUCACCAUAUCAAAGGAUCGGCAAAAAUUGCAAAAGUUGAGAGAUGAACUUGCUGCGAUUGUUCUCAAGAGUGCUUCGGAGAGCAUGUCACAAAUAUUGGGAAGCCCCCUUUCCUUGACCGGAUUCUGGCUGGUCCAUCAAUUCCCGUCUCGUGCACCUCCGGAGUAUCUGCGUUCUGGUCUUGAAAUCGCAGAUGACGGUGUGUCCUGGGUAACCAAAACCCUGGACCCCGAUAUUGGAGAUCGACUACAAACGGUUAUGAAGCCUGUACACGUGGCCCUUGCGAUCAAGGAUGCGUACACGCUUCUGAUCAGACGGCAAAUAGCCCGACUUCGGGACCCAGAUGCUCAGCCUCUCGAUGCGCUAGAAUUGCUAAGUGGCAGAUAUAUUCUCUCGGGGCAUGAGAAGCUCAACCCUCUCAGCCCCCAUGACCAGCCGAGGGUGCAAUCUCCAUUAUCUGACGAACUCUCGGAUAAUAUCCUGCCCAGCGAGGAGCCAGAGCUUCAUCCAUCUUCAAUCAUCUCAUCUUUACAACGCCUUCCAUUACCUGAUCUAGGACCCGGGUCAGAUCUGCACCUGGCAUCGCUGGCAUUCAGGUUGCGAUUGAACGAGUAUCAGGCUCGGAAUCCCCGAACACCUCGGCGAGGCACUUUCUUCAUUUCGGGGCCCGUGGGUCUGAAGGGGCCCAAUGGCUUCUGCCGAUUUGAAGUGCGCGGUGAAUAUGAUCCAGCCAAGUCUGCGUGGCGGACAGUGGAGAUGCAGUUGAAGGAUAUCAACCCCAGAAAGCAGAAGCCACUCGGAGGCCGUUAA